AUGACUGGAGAGACCCAGCAUGUCUACACCAUCGGCGAUACUGAGGCCGGCCCCAAAGACCCCGACAAGGACUUUGGCUUUGAAGGCUGUGGGGAGAAGGACGGGAGGACACUCGGUGGGGAGGGCACGUCCCCUUUCCCCAGCCCCAAGGACAAGGAACCCCACAGCCAGCGGGAAGCUGUGAUCCGGCCCCAGCAAGCGGGAAAGAUCGACUUCAAAUCCCUCCACUGCAAACCCAAGUUUGGCAACGAUGGCGCCUGGGGAGAGGUCAAGGGCAGCCCCCAGUCCCCCCCGGGGAAGGGUCGAGCCCGUGAGCGCAGCCGGCGCUCGGGGAAGGGCGAACGGGGCCACCAUCAGCUUUACCGGCUCAGUAUCGCCGGCACCAGGCCCAACCCCACCAUCGGCAUCGCCUACCCCCAGCAGAAGGUGACCCCUCCCAAGAAGCCAGAGGCAAAUCACGGCCCCGUGGCCGGCAGCUACCGCUUCCACGUGCCCAGCAUCCCCCAGCGCGAGGCCGAGCUCCGGCAAGAAGACCUCGGCUUCGGCCGCUGCUUCCCUGAUGCCGCCACGGCCGGCCGUACCUCUGCCAACUAUACCUCACAGCCCGCUCCCCCCCACGGCCCCAAAGGGCAGCCCCCCGCCACCGGCAUCCCCCUCAAGAGCCCCGGCACCAAUGGGCAGCUACAUUAUUUAGAGUUUCAGGCAAACGGGGCCGACUCCUGGGCUUCCCCGGAGAAGAGCUUUGCCGGUGCUAGCUAUGGGAUCUCGGUGCAGAAGCCCAGCUCUUUCCCCGAAGGUGGCAAAGCCAGUGCCCACGGCCUGGGGGCUUUGCCGUGCCAGUACCCCUUCCAGCUGCUGCACGACUCGGGGAAGGAGCCGUACCGCAGCGACGCGGGGAGCCAGGAGUACCUGGAGGUGGGGCUCACCGCCGGCCAGCUGGCUCACGGCACCUUCGCCUUCCACUCCUCCUCCAGAGAGUGGCAAGAGGAGGCACUGAGCGGCGGCUCCUACGAGAGCGUGUCCCCCGAGGGCAGGCUGUAUGGCUUGCCCCCGCCGCCGCCACCGUUCCUGCACCCACCGCCGCCGCCGGCCCCGCACCACAGCCCGCUGCCGUGCUGCAAGGGCAGGAGCGAGCAUCCCGCCGCCGACCCCAAUGGUGCUCUCGCCUCGUCUGGUGCUAUCGACCAAAACCCAAGCACUUUCCAAGAAAACCAAGCUGUUUUUCCGUCUAGUUUACACUCGCCUAGUGUGCCAAAGCCAGUCGGUAAGAGGCAAGCCUCAGCGAAAGACAGUGUCCCCAGCCCGCGGCUGCUGGUCCAGAGCAGCCCUCUGAGAAGGAACAUGCCACCAAACUCUCUCUCCCAAGUGCACUUUCAGAGCAAAGCCUAUUGCAGUUCACCCUCGGGCAGCGCCAGCGCAGGAUCCGUGCCUUUCGAGACAAGCGUUCCCACUACGGCACCCACCCACCCCAGGCUUGUGCAAGCCUGGGAAGGUGCCACUAAGGCGUUCUCUCCCAUGGACCAGAAUUCAGCACCUUAUUCAAACCCUGUUGGAAACCAGUUCUCAUUCGAGUGCCAGUCUGGCCCCGAGCAGAGGCAGCACAGGCAGAAAAAUGCCAGGAUGCCUUGGCAGCAAAUACACCUCGCUUCUGCAAUGCCCGGUCAAAACAGGCUAGAGCUGUCGAGACAAAUCACCAGCCAGAAGCUCCCCUUCCCCCUGGUCACGUCGGAGUGGCAGGGGAGCGGGAAGGCUCAAAAAGGGCCCCCCGUAAGUAACUCUCCAGGGUAUCACGGCAAAAAGCUCUUGUCAGCAGAGAGCCUCGGGGUCCAGAGGGGAGACCCCAACUCGACAGGCGCUUUCUCUUUCGAGAGUGGGAAGGAGCCAGGAUCUCCCGCCUGCGAUUCCAGAAGCAAAGCCCUCUUCUACAGCAUGGGUCAAGCAGGUCCUCCUCCCUCCAGGAGCUCGUCAGGCUCAGCGCUGGUCCUGCCGCCAUCAGCCUUGGUGGCUGCCUCCCCUUGUGAGUCCCCGCUGCCAUCCCCUGUCCCCAACCCCACCUGCAGCAGCACCUGCUCAUCGCUCUCCCCCAUGUCCAGCAGCCCACUCAACGCCGGCUUCGAAGACAGCCAGAUGUCUGGAGCGCUGACCCCCUCUCCCUUCUUCCAGCACCCCUGCCAUCCCAAGGACGGCAACAAAACCUUCCAUCCCUCUGAUGUCCUGAGCUCCAGCUCACUUCAUUACCACACCCUGGACUCCAUCAAGUCCUUCCACUUCCCUCCUGAUGCCCUGAAAGACGACAGCCUCCUGAAAUGCGCCCCGGCAAGCCCGUUCCACAAACCCAGCAUGGAGGUGGCCAAAGGAUGCUCAGAUGGGCUGGAUGGGGAGCAGCCUCCACCGCCAUACUCCUCCCAUCACUUGCUGGCCAGCUCGCUCAGCAGCGCCAGCCUGGACCAGCUGGAUGUCCUCCUGACCUGCAAGCAGUGCGACCAGAACUACAGCAACCUCUCCUCCUUCCUGCAGCACCGCCAGUUCUGCACCUCCCAUCCCACUCCCCAGGGAGAGGGCAAGGAUGCUCCCCGGGCAGCCGAGGGGCGGAAAGUGCUCCCCUCGGAGCCCCCCAAACCCCCCAGCCUGGGGCUGUCUCCAGACCCCCAGGCACAUUUGUUGGCGUUAAACAAGAGCGAUGACUUCUUGCUGGAUGGGGAAAGCAAAAGCGAGGGCAAGGAAGAUGCUCUGAAGGGCGGCCUCUUCAACGGGCUCACCACCAGCUCUCUACCGCUCACCGCCUCGGACCUGGACAUCGAUGAUGCCAAGCUGGACAGCCUCAUCACCGAAGCCCUCAACGGCCUGGGGUACCAGUCAGAUAAUCCAGAGAUCGACAGCAGCUUCAUAGACGUGUUUGCUGAUGAAGAGCUGACAGGUGUGAAGGCAGCUGGUGGUGGGGUGUCCCACAAGACAAAGGAAGCCCUGGCCUCAGAAAACAAAUCAAAGCAGGCAGCAGCCAAGGAGAAGGCAGCAGGCCAAGCCAAGGCUGGCUAUUUUUAUGAGGACGGCCAUCCAGGUGGGGAGCAGGUGAAGAGAGGGGCAGGGAAGCAGCACCUUCACAAGGGGAGGGCAGCACAGAGGUUGGCAGCCCAGGAGCUGGAUCCAGGGGCAGCAGGAGCAGAGAGGACGGCCAGGCUGCGGGCAGGCAGGAAGAACAGCAUCCCACCGGUCACCACCUCCUCCAAGUCCACCUCUAGCCAAAAGCAUCCCAGGAAGCUCAGCCAGGAGCCUCCAAUGAAGAGCGAGGUGGGGCAGGGCAUUGCCACCAAGAGCUCCAAGCCACCCCGGUUUUCCAUGAAGGAGAUGAAGAAGCGGAAGCCCCGAAGCGGGACAUGGAGCAAGGAGCUCAUCCACAAGAUUGUGCAGCAGAAGAACAAGCUCCACAAACUGCAGGUGAAGAGCAGCAAGCAGGCACAGUUCCCUCAGGUUGCUGAGAGGCUGAUGCCAGCUGCCAGGGAGGGCAGGUUUCAGGAGUAUGACUAUGUCUCUGACUCGGAUGAUGAUGGGGCAGAGUGUAGCAAGCCCCGGGGACGGAAGAAGCAAGGCACGGGAUUCGUCAGGAGGACCAAGUACAGCUUUAGCAAGAAACGCCCAGGAAGAAGUGAGAGAACCAAAGAGAAAGAUCCAGCCUGGAGCUACAGCCGGAAAAGGGACAGUCAGAAAAGGGAGGCACGGGAGCAUGGGGGUGUCUCAAGCCAGGGGGAUGGCGAGAAAGAGGAUUGUGCCACCAGAGUCCGAAGACGGAGCAGCCAGUCGUCCACCGGCAGCAACCACAGCGAUAGCAUGCCCAGCGAGGUGGGCACCAGCCCACCCCACACUGAUGGGGCUGGCUCAGGCAGUGAGAAGGGACGCACGCAGAGGAGGAGGCGUUCAGGCAGCCCAGCACGUGUGCCAAGGACUCCACUUAGCCUUCCCGAGGAGAGAAGCCCAAAGAAGAGCCAGAAAAACAAAGAGGACUUUCCCAGGGGCAGCAGGCCGUUUGGCUCAGCCAAACCUUUGGUAGCUGGCUCCAGGACAUGUCUGAGUACUGAACCAGAUGUUGCUGUGAUGGACUGUGCAAAGGAGGAGCUGUUGCCACAGGCCCAGGAGAGGCAGCUGCCCAGCACAGCCACCUCGGGCAGGAGCCCCGUCAGGCUCUCCUGUAAAGAGGGGGAAGAAGAACCCAAAGUAAUAGCAAAGCACACGAGUGAGGCAGGAGAAGCCACCCUAGAAGCUCAGGACUCACCUGAGCUGACCAUGGUCAACCAGAGGCAUCAGUUUGACCCUUUCACCAGUGAUGGGCUGAAGUACCAUGCAGAAGAGCUAAUUGCUACAUCCCACGGUGGUAACGAAGCUAGUCCUGGCAACGUGAGCGCUGCGUACUCGGAAGCGGGCAUCAAAUACUUGAAGGCCCAUGAGCUCUGUGACAGUCGGAAGGACUAUCCUGCACCAGUUGCCCCAUAUGGAGGGGAUGCAGUGGGGAUGAUGCUCACUGCCAAGGCGGCCGAUCCAUACAUCAGCAGCGACAAUGCAUUUUUCAAUCCCAAAAGUCUUCCCGGUCACUACGAUGACAACCUCUUCUCAAAGCCCCCAGCCUUGGGCUCCUCACACAUGGAUGACAUGUACUUAUGCCGGGAUGACAUCAACACCAGCUCCUUUGAGCAGAAGCACGCCAGCAUCUCCCCUUACACUGCAGAAACACCGCAGGGCAAGGUCUCCUCCCCUCUCAGCUUCGAUUCCUCUUCAAUAUUUGGAGAGCUUCCUGUCACCGAGUUUGAUCCACCACUGUACGAGAGUGUUCCUGCAAGCAAGGAUGGUUAUGUGACAACAUUCACUUGCCCUGGAAAUCCCCCCAGCAAGCCGCUGCCCUUUGAGCAACCAUAUCCACCAUUCAUGCCAGAGAAAGACUGGUCUCUCAUGGAGGAGGUGGCUCCAAUGCUGCCAGAAGACAUGACUCAGUUCCACAACCUUUCAGUGGAGAAGCCACUAGCCAAGAAAUUCCCAGAGGAAGGACCUGUCCCCACCAACCAACUCUCCCUGCCGCUGCCGGAGAGGAUAACGGAUUAUAACGUGACCUUUAUGAACAACAUAUCAGAUGAUGACCUGGAGAUCAAGCGAUUAGUCACAGAGCUGGAAAGUCAACUGCAAACCAGCAAGCUGGAUAACGAGGCCUCCAUCGCCCUUCAGAAACCCGAGCAACACGUUGCUGCCCAUCUGCGAGGAGAGGUGGCCAAGCAGUUUCCACCACUGCCGGCUGAGCAAGAGACAGGCCAGGAGAAAGGACUGCUUUUGGCAGACAAGCUGGACACUUCAAGCCUCUGCAUCAGGGAGAGGCUGGGAAGCGAGAAGCCGGCCAUCACGAGCACCCACAGGGACUAUGAGAGACCCAGAGAGCCCUGGCCCUGCCCGGUGGAGCUGGGCUCGCUGGAGGCAGGGAUGUGCACACCAGCCCCACUCACCACGGACCAUCUCUGCUCCAAAGACAGCGGCGAACAGCUCCGGGGAACUGCGACUGCCAAGGAAAGUGACUCUGGAAAGAUGGAAAAUGGGUCUUCCUCCAAAAGCCUACCUGGCUCACGUACACCAGACCAAACGGAGGCUCCCGUCUACACAGACCCUGUGACAAAAAGCCCUCCUGUUGUCACCGACUCCAUGUUCCCCAAGAUCCUCAAGGCAGCAGAAGCAACCAAAGAUCCCCUGCCACCCCUGCCAUGCCAGCAUGGUGCCGAGAGCUUCCCUGUGCCAGGGAAAGCAGAUGAAAGCCUUGCUGAUGCUGCAGAGCUGGAGGAGAAGUUUGAUGCCCAUCAUCCAAACCAUAAACCUGAAUUUGGCUUUCAGCAAGGUCCCACCCCAGCUUUGGAUCUCACCUUUUCACCUCACGUCAAAGAGGUCCCAGAUACAGAGGAAAGACCCUUAAGCAGGCCCGAGUCACCCAAAAUGGCAAAACACACCAUGGACUUCAAAGAGGAUGGUGGUGGGUCUGUGUUGACAGAAGAAACAGAGGAGAGGAAGAGCCCCACCACCUGCCCAGCUCCCGGACCCAGCGACAAAGCCAGCAAGCAAAAAGUGCUGCUGUUCAAUAUGUUGAGUCUGCCCAAGGAGAGUGACUGUGGCUCCCAGAAGAUGUUGGCAUCCCAGGAGACAUCUGCCAACCCUCUGCAGCAGCUCCAGCUCUUCGUUGCUCGAACAGUGAAAAGCAAUGAAGAGGAGCUGCUGAUGCCAUGCUUCCCCAUGCUGCUUGCUCCCAGCCACCCCUCUGUCACCACCCGCGUCCAACCAGAGCAGAAAGAGGAGAGCAGUGGUGCCUUGGAAGGAGAAAAUCAGACAUACUGCCCUGCCCAAGGGGAGGGGAAUGUCCCCAUUGGAGGCAACGUGGAAAAUACUGCUGCCCCAGCGAAACAGGCUGUGCUUUUGUCCGGUGGGUGCGAGCAGCUGGAGUCAAUCGGUGCGACGGGCUCUUACCCUGCAAAACAAUCCACCUUGGUGAAGCCAGAGCUCCAGAAUAAUGUAACGGAGCUGCAGCACUUAGCAAAUGAACAUGUGGAGCUGAAUGACAUUAAUAUCUGUGCAGAUGGUGUUUCCCAAGAGCGUAAUGACCUCUCGCCACUCGAAAACACAGUGGUGACCCCACUGCCAGGGCAAGGCAAGAAAGCUGAUCAGCUCGUGGAAGAGCAGGAGGAAGAUAAAAACAAAGAGACCUUGGCAUUUAAAAAACAUGAGCAAUCCCGUUUAAGCCGUAGUUUGCUGGAGAAAGAAACGCUGGGCAGUGCAGCAGCAGAGAGGCUGGAAAGGAAUCAGGUGGGACAGGGAGCACAGCCCCUGUGCAGCGCUCCCGCAAGUCCCACCAGCCCCCCUGGUUCCUCCAAGGAAGAGUUCCACCAAGAUCACCACUUGGUGCCAGAGGCGAAAGCCAGUGGAGUCGGUGCAAAGGUUCCCAGAGAAGGAAAUGGCAAGAAGUCAUCCCUCAAUGGCUGUAAUUACACAAGUGAACCUCUGGCCAGCUUGCCCUUGCUGGCCAAUUUUUCUAACCCCAAGUGCUUGCAAAGUGCUGGGGCCAAGGGAGAAGAAGUCCCCGUCUUUGGCACUCAGCUUUCAGAAGAGAAGAAUGCCUUGGAGAUGGAUGGUCCCCAGAAACAGCACAGGAAGGACUGCUGUCUUCCCUGCUGUGGUGGAACAGAGGUACCCAAAAGUACCAGUGCUGUGCUGUCAAGUUCUCAUUUCAAAGAAAACCAGGCGUGCACCAUCACAGAUUUGGUUGUUAACUCCAUUCCUCCAGAAACCCAAGAUUACCCAACUCAGCCCACGACAGAUCUUCUACCGAUCAUCAGCGGAAGAGAGGUAAAUCUGAAUGAAGAGAACAAGCUUGAAAGCUGCUCUGAUGAUGGAAAUAAGCAUCAAAGUGACACGGAGUCUUUGUCCAAUGGUUUUGUUGCUCAGCAGGUCCCAACAGGUGCCAGAGGUCUUACAGGGACUGGAGAUCUUGGUCCUGCUGAGUUAAAUGGCCAUGAGUUUUCAGAGGCAGCAGAGGUGAGACUCAGUGGUCUUUCCAAAACCACAGAGAGUGGAGGAAAGAGUUUAGAAGGGGAGAAACCCAAAACCCAUGGGACUGGAGAAGCUGGGAGUUGUGUGUUAAACAAUAUGGGCCAAGGAGAGGACAAUUUGCAUACCAGUACUCCAAACCCUUCCCAAAAUGAACUUCACAAAGAAAAGAAGCCAAAUGGGCUCCCAGUGACCUGUGACAUUUGUUCAGCCACUUUCCGGUCCAAGCCUGGCCUGACCAGGCACAAAGCUGUCAAGCACCAGGUGAAGAAUGGUGGUGUACCACAGCCCAGCAGGACCGCCAGAUCCACUUUGGUUCCUGCAGACAAGACACCAAAAGGAACCCAAAAGAUGCCCAGGAGGAGUCUGAAGACUUUGUUCAAAGAUAAAACCUGCAGCUCACAGAUGCCAACCGGCAACGUUGAUGACAUCCCCAAGAAAAUAUUCCCAGACCUGGAGAAAGAGCCCAGCACCCAGAUGCAAGAAGUGGUCAGCAGAGUGCUCAGCGACCUCAGCGUCAUCUCCUUUGAGAUGUCCCAGGAGCUGCACCGCACACGUGUUCUGCAGAGGGAGAUGAAGGCACAGGGACCGCACUCAGAGAUGAAGGGAGCAGGCGAGGAGACAUCUGGGAAGCUGGACCCAGCACAGCAAACCAGGAAGGGAGAAAAGGGCAGAAGGAGCCAAAGCAAAGAUCCUGGAGAUGUGAACAGCAAUUCUGAAAAGAAGCUAAACAGGAAAGUGCGACGAAGGAAAACAAAGGUAUUUCCCAGCAGCAAUGAGUCCAAUGGUCCAUGUGAGCUGGAGAAGGUGGCAGGUCCUCCCGCUGCUGUUCUUGGCUCCAGUCUGCCCAGGAUCAUGGAGGGCUUGCAUGAGCCAGGUGGUUGCAUCUCCACAGAGGAGCAAAACAGGUACAAGUCAAUCCAGCACUCUGAAAAAGCUAAGCAGUCCCCUUGUGCAGCUGAGCUCGCAGAGGACCCAGGUGACAGGAUGGUGUCUUCAAAGGAGACAGUCAGCAAGGACUUAGUAACGGGCACAGUUGCCUGUCCUGGGGAGGUGGAAGAUCCAAGUGGAGUGGAAGACACACAGGCUUGCAAAAAAUGGGUUAGUGGGUUUGUGAAGCAAGUGGAGAAAGGAUUGGGCAAGGUAGGCAAAGAGCAGCAUCGUGGUGCUGAUGGCACAGAGGAGAUGGAUGCUGAGAUAGGAGACAGUCCUGCAGCAGGCAGCAGCUCUGGGAACCAGAGUGGUGUCCCACAGAGUCCCACGGCUCCUGCUGAAGAGGGUCUGCUGCUGGAGACACGUGAUUCAGAAGCCACCCAAAAGGCUCCCAGGCAAGGGGCUCUGCAGACUGCACCGGGGACCAGCCCUCCUCCUGCCGAGCCGAAGCCCUGGGCGAAGGCAGAUGUGCCACCAGGCAGAGAGCAAUGUGUGGAGAGCACAGCUGUCUCAGACCUCCAGAGCUUGUUUGAUGAUGACUCCACAUUCUCCCAGCUGUUCCCCCGAGAUGACCAGUUUGUCCGGAGAAAGUGCACACGGGUGUAUGGGAAGCGCAGCAAGAAACCCAAGGCCAUCACCGAGGUAAACCUCCAGCCAGCAGGUGCCAUUGACCUCUUCACAAUCCAAUUAGCUUCUGACCUCAGCGAAAGCAGCUCUUUCUGUGUCACCAGGGAGGACCCUUGCGAAUACGAAACCAUCUCCGUUGACGAUGCCUUAAUGCUAAACAUGUGUCACAGCAGCAAGGCAAAGAGUGAAGAUGCUGCUCCUAGUGGGUCUAAAAGCAUUGCGCCGAGGUCAGACUGCGAGAAGACUGACCAAGGGAAGGAGGACAUUGACCUGGAAGACAACAUGCUAACCUUCUUGUGCCAAAACAGCCAAGUGGACAACAUCCCCAGCUUGAGCAUCUGGGGAAGCCUGGAGAAGGAGGGAGAAAGCCUCUCUGCCGAGGACAUGUUUGACCCUCUGAUGGACCUAGAGGAUGAGCAGUCGAUCAGAGAAGUGAGCUCUGAGCCCCCCGACCUGGCAGAGGAGCCCUACAAUGGUAAGGCUAAUGAAGAUUCAGACUCUCCUGAAUUUCAUACCAUUGACAUCGAGAUGCUGAAUGCAAAGCUGAAAAUGAGAGACAUGUGCUUCUUCGGCUCUUGCGAAGAUCUUCCUGGCCACGGGGAGGACAAUGCUGUGAGUUUCAAGCCAAAGCCUGGCCAGCAGAGCAAGCACAGAAGCAAGCUAGAAGAUGGGAAGCUGGGGAAAAACCGCAGUGAGAUAACCAUCAAGGCCAAAGACAAGCAGUACAAAUGCAAAGUGUGCUUCCAGUGGUUCCUGACAUUAGGGGAGCUGGACUUCCACAAGCUCUCUCAUAACCCUUCCCCUCCACCUACCUGCUACAUGUGUGUCCAGCGCAAAUUCAGCUCCCGGGAGCAGCUGAGGGACCAUCUGAAGGAGAAGCAUGCCAAAAACAAAGCCGGUCUGUGGGCUUGCGGGAUGUGCCUGAAAGAGAUCUCCGAUGUCUGGAUGUACAACGAGCAUCUCCGGGAGCACGCCACCCAGUUUGCUCGCAAGGGGCAAGCCCAGAAGUCCGUGAUGGGCCUGCCAGCCUGCUUCGGUGAGGACAAUGCUGCUGUCACCCACUUCCUCAACACCAUCAUGUAUCGGAAGCCCAGCAGGUCCUCCCGGCACGCCGACCCCAGCAGCAAGCAUGCAGUUAGCAGAGAGAGCAAGAGCCCCAAGGAGCUGCCCCUCGAGCCAGAGGCCAAAGCAAUGAAAGACCCCUUGGAAAGCAAUGUCAAGGUGAAGCCACCUGCACCCAGCUCCUCUAAAGCGUCCGCCAGUCCAUCUCCAGAGCACAUGGCAAAAAGUGAAGGCACCCCAAAAUCUGUCCCCAUGCACCCGGACUGCAAGGAUCCUUCCAGGGACUGUCAUCACUGUGGCAAACAGUUUCCCAAACCCUUCAAGCUCCAGCGGCACUUAGUCGUGCACAGUUUACAGAAGAUUUACUUGUGCCACAAGUGUCCGAUGUUCUACCAGGAGACCAAAGAGCUUCGAAACCACCUCAGUCAGGAGCAUGGGAUAGUGGAGGAGCAGGAGAUCAAGCACACCACCCUGUAUGCCUGCGAGCUUUGCGCAGACGUCAUGCACGUUAUCAAGAAGUCCUUCAUCUGCAGCAUGUGCAACUACACCUUCUCCAAGAAAGAGCAGUACGACCGGCACAUGGAGAAGCACCUGGCGGGAAGCAACAAGACUUUCAAAUUCAGAGGGGUCAUGAGGCCUGGUGUUGCCUCCAGAGAGGGCAAGGAGAAGAUGAAAGAGGACAGCUCUCUCCGGGAGGGCAUGCCACCGAGCAAGAAGAGGAAGGUUGCUCACCACAGCAGCUCACUCCCGCGUGGCUCACCAGUCCACCUGGACCACACUAGUGACCUUCAGUUGGUAGAGGCUACAACUCCAAGCCUGCAGGCUUCCACUGACUCCUUGCCUACAGCACCUGGUGACCCAGGGCCACCCCAACCCUCUGUGAAAACAGAAGACCUGGUGGGUGACUUCUCCGACCUGCUGGCGGAGAUGGAGAAAUCCCAGUUUGACACCCUGCCUCCACCACCCUGCCUCUCCCCAUCUUUGCCACAAGCUGUGGUGAGCAGUCCGGAGCUCGGCCAUAUCACUGCCUUGUCUAUCGAGGAGCUGGAGAAAGGAGCGUUUGAUGGGAAACCACUUCCUUUCUUGGACUCACCUGAGUUUACCAUUGACCUUGCUGGGUUGGCUUGUAACCAGGCCACAGAUCAAAAACUCUCUCCUCCACACCUGACCGAGAAACGUGGCUACACCAAUGCCCAUAAAAGAACAAGCAUAGGCAACAAAGAGGAAAAUAUAGGGGGUGUCCUGGAAAAUCCUCAUGCAGCCACCGAUGCCAUGGAUGGAAUCCCAUUUCUCCAGCUUGCCAAGAAGGUCUCAGAGCUUCCUGCCCCGCCAACUGAGGCUCCACCAGCCAAGGAGACCCACAAGUGGUGCAACCCCAGUGCCAGUGAUUCCUCUUCUUGGGAAGGUGCAUCUAAGGCUACAUCUCCAGAAGCUGCGUACAACUCCCUGCCCCUGAAGGAGAAGACCCCAUCUCCCACGCUGAACAGGGCUGCCAAAGAGUCAGCCCUGCAGAAGAAGACCACGGGCAGCCAGCCCAGCAGUGAGGCAGCUCCUAGUGUAGGCAGCCCCGGUGGCAGCACCGAGGAGGGUCAGCAACCCAUCUCGGGGAAGGAGAAAUCCACGCCCGAGGCUAAGGACAGCAGCACUAACACCAAGGACCAAGGCGGCAACCCAAGCAAAUCCACCGGCCACCAGCCCAGAGGUGAGGCAGCUGGCAACGCCGUGAGACACAGCCAUGUGGACCCAAGCAAAGCCACCAGCAAGCUUCAUCCCAAGAGGCGGAAAGAGCACAAGUCCUUGAGCCACCGGAGCAGCUCUGGCUCCCGGGAGAACAUGGAGGGAGAUGGGAAAAAGAAAAAAGCCCGGACCCCAUGCCCAGGAAGGAGCGAGAGCACUGGUGAGCUCAAACGUGCCAGCUGGAGCAACGCCGAAGCUUCUGCCCUCUCCCCUGGGAGGAGGGAGACACACUGCAACAAACUGGUACCCAAGCCCAAAACGGGCACCCAACUGAAGAAGACGGUCCUAGACACUUGCAACCAGAAGAAGGGAGAUCUCCGUCACGCCAAUGGGGACAUGAAGCGCAGGAAGGCCAUUCUGGGGAAGAGCCUCCAUCAAGUGUUGGCCAAGGGGCCAACACCAUCCCCGCGUGGCUCCUUGCACAGCCCGCGCGCCGCCCGGGGUGCCAAGCCGGCCAGCUCGGCCAGCUACCGCACUGCCGAGUCCCAGAACAACCUGCUAAGCCAACUCUUUGGGCAAAAAUUAACUAGCUUUAAAAUUCCUUUAAGAAGAGAUACUUCAGAGUAAUUUAUGGAAGUGACUUAUGGUGAUCCUCAGCUGCUUUCAUGGGGUUUGCAAGGGAAAAAUUAUCAAAGCAUUAAAUUCGUUUGUGUAGCAUGAUUUCUCUGUCUAGCUUAAAUGAACUUGCACUGCAGCCUCUGUGAAAUAGUUUGCUUUGUGUCUACUAAUCUACUUUAAUUCACCUGAUUUAUCAUGCAAAUGCUAGAACUUUGAUGUUGCUGAUGAUUUUCAUGAACUGAAAUUGUAAUCGCUUUGGGCAGACUGAAUCGUCGAGAGCAAUUGCUUUAUUGCAGAAGUGCUGAGGUUAUAAGGAUACUUGCAAAUCUCAGACCCUUUUGAGACUGUGUCUGUGUUAUCUUUGUACAAAGUACUUGAAGAGAUGAACUUCAUUCCGUAGACGUCUUAUUCAUAAGGUGCAGUACACUGUAGAAAGCAAAUUUUUUUUUUUGAAGAUUUUGCACAAAUAAUCCCGUACAAUUCAUUUAAUUGGGAGCUGGCCUAAGAGAUGAUACAAUUAAAAGGAGGAAAAAAAAAAAAAAAAUUAAAUUAAGAAUCGAGUGUCCUAUAUUUUGACAGCCAUCCCUACGAAUUUGUUUCUACGUCGUCGAGAGAAUAACGAACUGGCUCGGGGGCUGCUGGGGGCUGUCGGAGCCCUUCGGAGGAUGCUGCCACUCUUUGACCACUGUAGACGACGUAACCGGAGGAGAGCCGCCACCGCGAGCAAACUGCACCUUGACACUUGUGACAAACUCUGAUUUUUUAGGGUUGGGUUUUUUGUUGGUUUUUUUUUUUUUAAUGUGGGUGUGCGUGUGCGUGCGUGUGUGUUUUCUUUUUGUUGGGCUACGGGGGGUGGGGAGGGUUGCGCAACGACAAAACUGUGCCAAUUUACCGCACCAAACCGGUACUGUCCGAGUGCCCUCAACGGUAUCACUUCUAAACUCUCUUACUGUAUUGAGUUAGUGGCUAUAUAGGUAUCCGCUUUUUACUAUGCAGUUACUGGUGCUAUUCUUCUUUUGUAAUGUGAAUACAGACUUCCUUGAUUGAGAAAUAAAAGGGAACCAUUAGGAAGUAGCCGUUACCUGUAAGAUAAAACGAAGCAGGAAAAAAGAAAAAAAAAAAACCCAAAACAUUAUAAAAAUCCAAUUUUAGGGAAAAAAAAAAAAAAAUCCUG